AUGCUUUACAUUUCCUUAGCAUGCAAUACGCGCGUUGAUGUCACGCAACACUUUCAGGCCGCUUGCGAUGGCCGCUCUUCGUGUUCCGUCAGUCCAAGUAUGGCCGAUUCGAGACCGGACUUCACAAAGCUAUGUGGGAAAAUGCAUCUCAGUUUAACUUAUGUUUGCGUCCCGUCGGAAGCAAUCGUUACUGAAAAACGUGCGGAUAAAGCCACUGAAGAGGAUGCGGCUGGCAGGGGACCUGGGAAGGGGAAAAAGAAUCAGCGACAACCAAAAGGCGUAUAUGAUCCGAAAUCUUCAGUGAUCCGAGGACAUAAAACUUCACGACUGGACGAGACUAAUUCACGAGAUACAAGACAAUUAGUGAAUUCAGCUAUGAGUGAUUUACCCGGACAACUAAAUGCCCGAGUUUCCCCAAAAAUGGAUUCGACCCCCGUCAAAAUGAGACCGGACUCUUCAAGCCUACAGGCCACAUCCUCAGCGAGCAAGCUUCAGCCGCUUUUCAUUGCAUUAGCUGUGGGACUAUUCAUUCUUCUCAUCGCCAUGGUAUUUGUGAUUGUGGUCUGUCGCCGAAAAACUCGAGUCCCUCCAAGCCGUAAACGAACUCCUACCACCGGACUUGUGGUCAAGCACACAUGUGAUCAGGGGACAUCAUUUUGGUCGACCCAUAGACAAACGUCUAAGGGGGACUCGUGGGGAGGUAAAAAGCAGCCAUGCUCUGCAUGUCACACGCAGUCCGUGCACACCCCGAGCAAGUUGGAACUGAACUAUGAUUCGGGUCAUAUAGACCCAUGCCGCUGUGGUGCCACCAGCUCGCUGGGCAGUGUGGGUCAAGUUGGUGGGAUCGAGCACUCCUGUGUGGUCGUCGGGGCAGCAGGACCCGUGGUUGACAUGCAAGACAGCUUUCAUCCGUGCUGCAAUCCAAGUGGACCGUGUUCCGGUCACAGCCCGCAACCACAUUUUCUUACAGGCGGUUACGGUUUACCUGCUUUGUCCAGGGCCGGCGAGAGUUAUCCGAUCGGUGUUAACAAUGUGCAGUACGUGGUAGGACUGCAUACAAAUGAAUUGACCAAAGGCACCGUGUCUUAUACUGACCAACAUUCACUGAGUCAAUCAAACAGCAGCAGCUCCGGUGUUGGAGUAAACAGUGCUCAAAUGACCGUAUACGGAUCCCCGUAUCCACUAGGAAUGACACUUGGUUCGUCAACUCAACCAGGUACACGAAUUGACUCAAUCGCUUACAGUACCGGACACAAAGAAUCUCCGUUAGCGGAAAGUUCAUCAGGUCGUGGAUGUGAUGGGGGCAGCGGAACCAGUGAGCCAAGCGAGACCUUUCACUUCACCUGUCCCCGUACGAAAUCCGGCUGUCACGCAGUAAACAAUCCACUCGUCAAUAGACCUCUGUUGGAUUAUUUACCUAUUCCGGGUACAGGAAUGACAAUGAACUCAUCGGAAUAUAUGAGUAGAAUACCAUCACAGCGUGGUGCUGGAUCCCCUUACGAUGCAACCAGUGCACGCUCUCUGGUAUCCGCAGUCAGUCGGCCCGGGCGCGCGGAUACCAGUCCAAGACCAAGUUUUCGAUCUUCCUCAUCCACUGAACGAAAUUUCACCACACCUCCCAGCUACUUGACCACCAAAUUUGGAAAUGAGCGAGCACUCGGAAUGGACUAUGUGAGUGAACAACUAAAUAGUCGAGAAACCUAUGAUCAGGUGGCCGGAUAUCUUCAUGCAGCUGAAUCUGAAUUAUGUAACCAGAAGACCUUGCAGCGGCAGUCCAGUCAGCGAGGUCAGUAUACUAUUCUCUCUCCGGUGGAACCGAAUCACCUCAGCGAUGUGCCAGGUACAAACAAUUUUGACCAAGGAUCCAGUGAAAGUUUGACUGUACCGUUGCUGGAGCCCCCAACAAACUUCCGAUCACCAACAAAAUUAUUAAACAGCAGUGAAGCGGCAGAUUACAUCGGUCUGGAUGCAGAUGAUGAUCUGAGCAAUUCCCAAUCAAGUCAGAAACCAGUGGAUGCAGACACAAGAAAACUGACAACUCGCGAUGUUGAUGGAGGUAGCGGAGACGGAAUUGAAAAACCACCACCACCGAUUGCUCCACUUCGUGUUUUUUCCAAUGCAGACAACAUAACCGGACUCAGCAAGGAUGUGUGCUACUUUUCUGUUCGAUAA